AUGGCUGUCAAUGGUGCGUCAGUGAAAACUUCAACAGAACUAGCAGAGUUUGAUGAAAUCUUUACUGAUCUUGUAGAAGAUUUGACAAGAACUGGACUCAAGAGCUCAGAGACCAAAGAUGCAUUUGAAUGGUUCAAAGAGGUUGUUCUAAUAUUCACUUCAUUUGUUUUCAUUUGAUUUAUCUAUAUAUGGGUAAAUAAAUUGUAAGUAAAAUAGCACUGCUAAAGAAAAUGUGGUUAACUGUUUAAACAUGACUUUCCUUCUUUUAGUUCCAUUUUUUUACGUUAAUGACUGUUUAAAUUUAAUUUCAGGUUUUAACAUACAAUGUUCCAUACGGUAAAAAGAAUCGGGGUAUUUCAGUCGUGUCCUCGUUUCGUCACCUAGGUGCAGAUCAGUCAGAUGAAGAUUUAAAGAUCGCAAGGGUCAUGGGUUGGUGUGUCGAGCUGGUAAUUCAUUGACUCUUUGCAGUCUGCCUUCUUUGCAUUGUGUCUGUUACAUUUGAAAAAUUUAACUGUUUAGAUAAAAGAGAAUUCAGUUUGUUUCCUUUGUGCACAUGGCUAUGGGUAGAAAGGUUAAAUCCUAAUGUGACAAUUAAAAUAAAGAGUAGUUAUCUUUUUUCUUCAUUAAGUGUAAUUAUGACAAUACAUCAUCUCAUGACAGAAAAUGUGAUACACAUUCACUUAAGGUUCACAGUGGAUUGUUGACUCCUUAUUUCACGUAUCUUUGCCUCAACAGCUUCAAGGUUUCUUUUUGGUAUCUGAUGACAUAAUGGACCAUUCUGUAUCCCGGAGGGGUCAGCCAUGUUGGUACAAACGAGUAAGGAUUAAUGCAACAUAUUUUUAACAAAUUUAUGCUCAAUGUAAUUUUUAGCUGUAGAUAAUUAAGGAGAUUUGUAGUUUCUCUUUGUGAAAUAUGAGAUGUCUUACUGUUUUAUUGACUAUGGGUGGUUUAAGUCAACAUUAGUUUUGUCCGUGUUGGUUGUUUAAACACCUACAUUGUACAUUGUCUCAAUCUUUAUAAACCAAAUUCACAAUUUUACAUAGCUGCAGUGUCUUUUUCCUAUUUGAUUUUUGUAUUUCACUUCCACCUACUUUCUUUCUGUUCUUCUGAUCUUUGAUUUCUUUGGGGACUUUUUACCCAUUAUUCUUUUCUUUCAUUUGAAGGUUUAGGUAGGAUAAAGAUAUGUUAUAUAAAUUAAAUUUAUAAUUAUUUUAAUGUUUUUUGUUGUACUGAUGAAGGCAUUUGCCAAAAUGUUUGAACCUGUCUAAUCAUAAUUAAAGCUCAACAUAAAUUGUUUUAUUUACAAAAUGUUUGUGUCUCAUUAAUCUACCGGUACCUAAUUUUUUAAACUGGUUUUUAAUGCAAAAACAUCUAUCAGCUUAGCUUAGAAUUGAAAGGUCUUGUGUAAUUUUCAUGUCAGUUAAGGAAAAACCUGUCAAACAUUUCAGGACACCACCAUUCAUUUGCACAUAUCCCCCCCCCAAGUGGCUUGUACAGCGUUCUUUAUAUGUGUCACCUUCUACUUUGAUUAUUUUAUUUUCAAUUUGCUCAUUUUAUGAAGCAUUAUGUUCUAUUUACUUCAUUUUUAAUUAUAAUUGCCUCUAAGAUGAUAGUGAAGCACAAUAAUAAUGUUCACUGUACUAUGAUGUUCUUUUUUUUUUUAAAUUUCAGGAAAAUGUUGGGUUGAUAGCAAUUAAUGAUUCCUAUUUCCUGGAGUGUGCAAUAUACCAGUUGCUGAAGAAGUAUGCCUCUAAAAAGCCCUAUUAUGUACAGCUUAUGGAACUGUUCUUGGAAGUAAGCAGCAUUGUUUGAUGUUUGCCUUAAGCCAUUUCGGGCAUCAUGUCUGUUACAUGUGUUUGUCAUGUCUAUGUGGAGCAUAAUUAAGAAUUUUAAAGAAAAUAAAAUAUUUUGUUAAAAUUUAAGUAUGAAAAGAUGGAGUCUCAUCCUGAUGGUUAGGUGGGGUUUCACGUUUCCUGGAAAUUGAACUACCAAUAUUCGACCAUGCAGGUCAAGACAGAGAUGCGUUAUCCACAUCUUUCUGUUUUGUGACUAGAUGGACAAGUUCCUACGAUGAAAUGGAUCACCUGAGACAAAAUAAGCAUUUCUAAACGGUGCCAACUUUGAAACUCUAUUGGCUUGAUAUAUGUUGUUGUGUUCAACAGCACACAUGCAGAAGAUGUUGUUUGUGUAUAUUUCAGACAACAUUUCAAACUGUAGUUGGCCAAUGUCUUGACAUGACGACAGCACCACCUGAAAGUGUGACAACAGACUUCUCUAAAUUCAGCAUGGAAAGAUACAGCGCCAUUGUCAAGUGGAAGACAGCUUACUACUCUUUCUAUCUGCCAGUUGCAAUAGCCCUUUAUAUGGUAGGCAGAGUUGUUCCAAAAAGGCACUGUUUGAUGCUAAAACAAUUAGCGGAAAUCUUAUAUUUAAUUAUAAAUGACAUUUAACUGAUUAACUAUCAGAUUAAAAAACCUGCUGUGCCCGAAUUAAAUCUAGUUCAAAUUUUCUCAUUUUAGAUGUAUGUACAUAUUCAGCUGUAGUUUUCUCAAUUAUAAACAUAUAAUGAUUAAUAAACCAUUUUGUAGAUAAUUGAAUUGUCCUUAAGAUAAAAUUAAAAAAUUUGUAAAGUUAAGUUUGGUCAGGAAAUUAUUAAUUGUUAAAUUAGUAUUUACCACAGAAAAACACCCCAAAAAAUGUAAAUGUGCCAACUUGCGUCUAAAUUUUAAAUUUCCAAGUAAUUUAAAGCCUUUUAUUUAGUGGUUUCCAAAUAGUGUAUCCAGUAAUAAGAAAAAUGCACCAAAGAACACAGAAAUUGAAUAAUAUUUCCACUUCCAAUCACUUUUAUGCCUUUAGUAACCCUGUCACUUGUUGCCACGGAAAACAUGUGGUAACAUUUUGUAACUAGCUUGGGAAAUAAAUCAAAAUUAAUUAACAGCUUGUUUUUUUAAAACAUUCUAUAGAUAGCAUGCGGUUUGAAUAUAAACAUCCAGACGGUAAAUUAAAAUCCCGAAGCAAAACAGGAAUGGAAUAAUAUAAAUAUUUGCCUCGAUUUAUUAUGAUAUGACCAUUGGCGCUACCAGCGGCUCGUGACCAUAACGGAAGAAACGCCGCGCCGCUCACAGCAGCGCAUGGUAGUUAACCAGUUAAAGCUUAUUCUAUUGCAAUUUUAUGAUUUCUUUCGUGGUGUCAAUUUAUGAUAUUUUUGUCUGCCCUCUGCAAUGAUAAAAACUAUCACUGAAUUCUUCUUCAAAUCUUUUAACUUAUCCUGGGCCAAUAUUUACACCGACCUAGGCAAUGCAGGACGGUAGUCAGCAUAUCUGACCCAACCGCUUGAUAACCUUUACCUUUCAAAAUUUUUUUUUUUUGGGCCUUUGAUCAGCUACUGUCGGCUGUGACCUGCCGGUAAGCUACGAUUGAUGAGGUUCCCUCCUUUCCUUGUCCACUUCAUCUUAUAUUUAUUACAUGUCGAUGACAUUAUUUUUAAAAAAAUGAAAGUUGGAUGUCUUGAAUGCUUGUUUGUCACCAUUCACAGGCUGGUAUUGCUGAUGAAGAUACUCAUGCCAAAGCCAAACUGAUAUUGUUAGAGAUGGGGCACUUUUUCCAAGUACAGGUCAGUAUCAGUGCAAAUACAGUGUAACUCCACAAUAAUGCAAAUUCAGAUAUAGUGCUGUCGUGGCAUGAUUCCUAAAAUUGUUUUGAUUCAUUUGUGCAUGAAAUAUUUUUUUUUUACUAAAAAUUCCAACAAUCUCAAAUCCACUAAUGCUAGUACAACUUCAACAGCACAUAGCUCCCUAAACAAAAAGACUUUAAAAAUCCCAAACAGUGCUCUUUUAAUCCGAUAUGAUUUCAUAAACCCCUAUUACCCUGUUACAGCAAGGCUACACUGCAUUGUUAUAUAGGAUUAUCUGCUCAGUUACUUGGGAUAUUUACUGCCAGCUAUAUUCCAUGUUACAGCAAGGCUACACUGCAUUGUUAUAUAGGAUUAUCUGCUCAGUUACUUGGGAUAUUUACUGCUAGCUAUAUUCCAUGUUACAGCAAGGCUACACUGCAUUGUUAUAUAGGAUUAUCUGCUCAGUUACUUGGGAUAUUUACUGCUAGCUAUAUUACUUAUUACCCUGUUACAGCAAGGUUUCGCUGCACUGUCAUAUAGAAUUAUCUGUUCAUUUACUUGUGAUAUUUACUGCUGGCUAUAUAUGUUGCAUGACUCAACUGAUCUCGUGGCCACUCGGGGAAGCGGAUGUUCCGAUGUAAUGUUGUUGUAAAAAUUGAUGCUUUGGAGGUGAACAAGUAAACGAACCAAAUAUUGGGGUCACUGCAUUUAACAUAUGUCAAGGCAAAUAUUUAGAUUGCCAUAUGGGAAAGCUAAAAAGAUACAAACAGAAUACAUAGUGUAAAAACAGUACAGAGUGGGUGAACAGCAUGAGGUUAUGAAAAUAUAUUUUGUGUGUAUCCACUUCUAACCUUUUACUUAGGGGAAGAGCGUUCGGAGUGAAAGCCUUUCUCCUUGCUUUACAACAGUACAAAACAGUCAGAGAAAAAGAGAUUUUAGCUCUCAAGCUUGACAGAAAGUAGUUGAAAUAUUUAACUACUACUUUACAACAGUACAAAACAGUCAGAGAAAAAGAGAUUUUAGCUCUCAAGCUUGACAGAAAGUAGUUGAAAUAUUUAACUACUACUUUACAACAGUACAAAACAGUCAGAGAAAAAGAGAUUUUAGCUCUCAAGCUUGACAGAAAGUAGUUGAAAUAUUUAACUACUAACCUUGCCCGCAGGAUAUCUCUAUACAUAAUGCCACCUCUGUUUGCAGGAUGAUUACUUGGACUGCUACAGCUCCUCUGAAAUUCUGGGUAAGAUAGGAACAGACAUCCAAGACAAUAAAUGUGGCUGGCUUAUUGUCAAGGCCUUGGAAGUGGCCAGUGAACAGCAGAGAAAAGAUUUGGAGGUAUGGGCUGACCUGGUUGAUUUUAAAAUUUAAUCUUUUUCAAGAAAAGAUUGGGUGGGUGUCUGGGCCAUGCUGGAAUGUGUCUGUCAUUACUGCUGGGUGUUGUAAAUCAAAUAGUAUGAAAUUUAAUUUAAUUAAUGAGACACAAUUUGUGUAAAUAAAACUAUAGGAUCAGCUUUAAUAUAAUUAUACAGAUGCAAGUGUAAAUUUUCGGCAAAUGCCUUAAUCAUUGCAGCAUUAAACAAAAACAUUCAAUUAAAUUUGCAUAAUAUAUAUAUAUAUAUAUAUAUAUUAUAUAUAUAUAUAUAUAUAUAUAAUACAUGUAUCUUACCUAAAUAAUACAUGAAUCUUACCAAAAAACAAAGCUGAGUAGAAUGGAAAGAAAGUGGGUGGAAUUAAAAUUUAAAAACCAAACAGGAAAAAAGACAAUGCAGCUAUGUAAAAUUGUGAAUUUGGUUUAUACCGUAUGGAGUCAACGUAGGAAAUCGUGUUAUUAAAUUUUUUUUCCCAUAUACAUUUCAUCCUGUGUAUUACUUGCAUACACUAUACCAGUAACUGCAAUGUCAUUAUGGUUAGCACUAUUGAAAUGCAUAGAAAAUGGACCAAGGACUUAUUGAUUGAUGUUGUAUAGGUGUACAGAUGUUAUACAUGAUAUAAAUGACACAUGUUUGAUCAUUUAAAAGUUAUCACACAAUGAAACAAAACAAUGAAUGAAAAAAUAUUGAAUUUAAAGUAAAAUAAAAACUUUUUAAAAGCUCACUGGGUUGGGGGAGGGGGGGGGGGCAUUGUUUGAACUAAAAAAUAAACUAUUCACCUAGCAUCUGUCACUUGGUCACUUCAUAUUGUGGGAUGAGAUCCACUGGUGGGUUUGUAGGUGGGACUUUCGGUCGCGGCGGAUGGAAUUGCUUUAAGAAAUAGUGUAUUUCUUGUCUGAUAUAAGGAUAAAUAAUAAUGAUUAGAUACGUUUGUUUUCUUGGGUUGAGUCAACUGUCUCCACCCUUAACAAUGUAGAGACAUCAAUUUAAUAUUUUAUUUGAGCAGCAAGCAUGAUAGGCAAAAGAAGGAAGUGAUUUCAGUUUCUGAAAGUUUUUAAUAAAAAUAAGUAUUUCAGAGUUUUAAAAAGUCAUUAUUACCAAGUUUUAUGAGGAACUUGGGCCAGGACAUUGCUUAUGAAGCUUUAAAAAAAAAUUAUCUCCAAUAUUUGUCAGUUCUCUAAUGCUUACUUGGAGUAGUAUUUUUCUAUGUAUAGUGAACAAUAUUCCUGGACAAUUAACAAAAAAAAAAAUAUGAGGAAGUUAAACAAAUGUACUGGCUUUUAUUGAGGGGAGACUAUCCAAAGGAUAUUUAUAUAGGCAUGAGUUUUAUCACUUUGGUGGGUAUUUUCAAAAUGUUGUGCUCUCCUGAACAACAAAAGCUGGUGAACAGAUUGGUUAGCUGAACACUACACAGGCAAUUAACCAGUACCUACUGUGAAUACAGUAUAAAGCUCUUCUCCCUGCUCCCCUGUUCACCAUUUCAUGUUAUAAACUGUACUUCUUUAUUGCAAUGCAUACAAUGUGGUUGUAAUUCUGUCUCCCCAGGCCAAUUAUGGCAAAUGGAAUGAUGAGUGCAUAGAGAAGGUCAAAAGCGUGUACAAAGAGCUGGGCAUUGAAGGCAUUUACCAGCAAUUUGAGGAGGAAAGCUACGCCAAGAUAACAGGUUUAAUAGAUUCAUUGGACCUCGGGGUGCCCAAAUCCAUCUUCCAUGACUUUGUGAACAAGAUAUACAAGAGGCAGAAAUAGUUGGCCUUGACUUACUAAACCUUGUGAGUUGUCCCGGAGGAUCCGAUGUUUCCUAGUUUGUGACAUGUACACGUGUGAGGAGCACAAAGAGAUGUUAAAUGGACUCAAAGUUAGAGGGCGAAAUAGUCUGUGUUAAAAGUCUUCGUCAGCAAACAGAAGCCACAAUAAGAAAUAUAAAAAUAUAUUCUAGGAAAUAAAUUAAUGUUGAGUAAUAACUGCCGUCUAUCCUUUAUAGUAUAUUUAAAGUAGAUAAAAACAUGUUGUUAUAGGGAAGAAGUAAUGUGACUGUUCUCAGUAAUUCUAGCUCUGCCAAUAUACAUAGAAGAAAUAAGUAUAACUACUACAGAAAUAUCUGUAGUAUUUUCUCAGUAAUUCUAUCACUGCCAUUUAGCUUAGAAGGAAUAAGGAAUAAUAUAUAUAGCAUGUUCUCAGUGAUUCUAGCACUGCCAGUACCACAGAAGCAGACCUGUUUACUCUUACGAUUUUGGCGUACAUUGUACGAUUUUGAGGUUUAUACAUUUAUACAUACUGUAUGUUUAUUUUUUUACAAUUAAUAUAAUGUAGUAAACAAUUUUGUGAUAUUGUACGAGUUUUAGAGUUUGAGGGUAAACAGGUCUGCAGAAGAAGUAAGGAAAUAUUAGCUAUAGGAUGUUCUCAGUAAUUCUACCAGUGCCGGUUAGCAUUGAAGAAAUAAAGGAAUAGCAUCUAUAUUAUGUUCUCAGUAAUGCCUGAUGCAGACCUGUUUACCUUCAAACUCUUUAAAUCGAACAAUAUCAUCACAAAAUUGUUCAAUACGUUAUAUUUAUAUUUUUAUAAAAAUAAACAUACAGUAUAUUAAGGUAUCUAUACACCUCAAAAUCGUACAUUGUACGCCAAAAUCGUAAGAGUAAACAGGUCUGCUGAUGAUCCAUGUUGAUUUGUCAUUGAUAAUAAACUCUUCACAUUGUAUUUUAUCUUUAAACAAAUUUUUUGCUGAUAAUUUUUAAACAUAAAUUUUUUUUAUAAUAAGUUUGAAAAUGUCAAUUUUUUUUUUUCGAAUGGUGGUCAGCUUUAAGUUUUCAUUUCCACCAUCGGAUACCUAAUUCCCAAGUGUUGCCCACCUCUGUGUACUUAUUCUGAUACAGUGGUGGGGGGAACCUUUCUUACGGUUAGACGUGGCACGGCUUAUGUCAGCUACAAAGAAGGAAUUGUGGCAGUACACAUUUAGUUAAUAGUUGUAUCUGGUCCAUUACAACAUGUUUACCAUAGUUAACUAAUGCAUCAGGGCCACCAUGACACCCAUGCCACACAGGCACUCACAGCCCACUGUUGGCACAGGAGCCAAGUCACCCCAGCAUCUGAACUGGAACCUUGGCAUUCAGGUUUGAUAGCAGGGUAGGAACUUUGAGAUAGAUAAGUGGGUUUUGGGUUGCAUUGUGUGCACUUGGUCUCUGAGAAGUUGGCCAUCAGGGGGCUGUGCGCUUGGUCUCUGAAAGGUUGGCCAUCAGGGGGCUGUGCGCUUGGUCUCUGAAAGGUUGGCCAUCAGGGGGCUGUGCGCUUGGUCUCUGAAAGGUUGGCCAUCAGGGGGGUGUGCAUGUGUCUCUGAAAGGUUGGCCAGCAGGGGGGCUGUGAUAGGUUGGCCAUCAGGGUGGUGUGCGCUUGGUCUCUGAAAGGUUGGCCAUCAGGGGGCUGUGCGCUUGGUCUCUGAAAGGUUGGCCAUCAGGGGGGUGUGCAUGUGUCUCUGAAAGGUUGGCCAUCAGGGGGGCUGUGAUCACAUAAAUAAAUGACAUGAGAUCACACCAGGGCAUUAAUGUGUGUGGUUGAUGUUACAUGAAGUCAUGUGUGAGCUGCUCACUGAAUCAACAGCUAGCUGUCUGAUCAAUGUCUGAUGGGUGCAAAUUGGAGGCUAGAAUGUAUUGAAUGAUUUUAAAAAAUCGGGAAGCAAGAGAACUUUAAUGUUAGAUAUAAUCGUACAUAUGAGAUUUUGUGUUUGUGCUAUGAAAUAGUGAUAUUCCUUGAUAUGUACUUUUUAAUUAACAAUUGUUUACACUUACUGAGUAUUUUUUGUCUGUUGGAUAGGUUUUAUGAGGCAGUCCUUAGUGGUAAUUGCAACUAUUAUUUUAUGUUCAUUUGGAAUAAAAGAAUUUAGCAUUUCUCAUAUAAAUUAUUAUUCCAGUUAUAAGAUUUGGGCCAUCGUUAAGGCAAGAAAGCACUCAUGAUUUUUAAAGAUGACUUAUGUUACUGGUAUUGAUUUUUAUUGAUACCAUUAACUGACAUGAUUUUUUUAACAACUGAUUUUUUUUUUAAAUUUUAAAAAAAUUGGUCAAAAUCCCAAAUUUCAAUUUGUAUGUUGAACCUGCUCUUAAGUUUAUAUGUAAAUGAUUAAUUCUUUAUUUUUAUUUUCAUAAUAAAAAUGUGCUGCAU